AUGGGAACACCUGCAGUGAUCAUCAUAGGCGUCUUGGCAGGGACUCUAGUAGUGUAUCUAUUUGCUUGUAUUUUCUUUAGAAAAAGAAAAAUAAGGGAGAAGGAAACUAAUCAUUCCACUGCCAAGAGAGAUGUGAGUGCUGCUUCCCAGCAACUAGAUUUUACUAAUGCAGCAGGAAGUGGUGGAAAAGACGGUGGGAUGGUUGUUUUGGGGGGAGCUGCUGUUGCUACAGCUGCAGUUGUAGCUAGUACAUAUGGUGCUGGUGAUGAUGGCCAUCACGGUGGUGGAGGGUGUGGUGGUGGUGGAGGGGGUUGUGGAACUUCAUAA